AUGUUAGUGAGUCUGGUCCGACGGUCAAUCCGUAGGUUGCCCUCAGCCAAUCCUUCCAGCUUGUCUGCCUUGUCGACUCUUUCUAAGCCUUCAAAUGAGUCCCAACAAACUCGUGAUGUAUCCGGCGUGACGACCAGUCUGACCAGUCAAGGCAUGCGGUCGAUUUCUGUUGCUCAUUCCUCCUUCAAGCUUCUAGUUUCCGGUGGCAACGGGAUGUGCUACACCACUCAAAAUAUAUCGUUGGAAUAG